AUGUCGUUGAUACAUGCCUUUCGUCAUGAAGUUAAGCCAGUUGGCUCGUCCGUACCCCGCAGCCUAGACCCCCAUCCCACGACUCCGGUGGAACACGUUCCAGCCACGCAGGUUCCUGUAGAAAGCAACCUGUCACCACGAGAUGGCCAACUAGUCUUUGAACAGUCGUUGCCCAGUCGAACGACCAAGUCGCGUCAAGUGGUCAUUACUGCGCUGCUGGUUCUGGCGAAUCUUGUACAGAAGAUGACAGUCAAUUUUGCGGGGAUCGCUGGAGGAAGCAUGUUGGGUGAAUCCUUAAAUGUCGAAGAUACCUAUGCCUCGUGGAUCGCCGCUAGUUAUGCUCUGACUCAAGGAACUUUUGUGCUAGUGAGUGGUCGAUUAGGAGAUGUAUAUGGCCAUCGAGAACUCGUGCUAGCCGGAGGCGCCUGGCUCACACUCUGCACUUUGGCCACGGCCUUUUGUACCGACUUUUUCGGCUUUGUUACGAUGCGGGCUCUGGCUGGUCUCGGGGGUGCCUUUAUCAUGCCUAAUGCAGUGGCCAUGAUAUCGAGUACUAAUCCCCCCGGUCGCGUGCGAAAUCUCAGUCUGGGUCUCUUUGGUGCAUCGGCGCCAGCGGGAGGGUAUUUUGGGGCUUUAUUCUUAGGCGCCUUCCUACAACGGACUGAAUGGAAGUGGUUUUUCAUCUUCAUUGCUUGCCUUUGUCUGAUCACAUUCGCUCCUCUCUGGGCUUUGAGUCCGCGUGAACCACCGGUCGAUCGACAUGGAAAAAUCGACUGCAUUGGAUCAGCUCUUGGCACAAGCUCAUUGAUCCUGUUCAGCUUUGUUUGGAAUCAAGCACCGAGCGUCGGUUGGUCAACGCCCUAUGAAAUCGUCCUCUUGAUCAGCUCAAUCAUCUUAUUUGGAGCCUUUCUGCUCUGGGAAAGAAACUAUGCGGCAGAACCCAUCAUGCCACUCAACAUCUUCCAAGCUCCUUCAUUUCUGAUGUUGCUCUUUGUCGUGCUACUCAAUUACAUGGCUGUAGGAACCUUGAUCUGGUACCAGGUUUUGUGGCUCCAAAAGGUCUGGCACUGGACUCCUCUCGAGUUCGCCGUGGGCUGGACCCCAUUCGUGAUCUGCGCCACAGGAGCUGCGUGUCUCGCAGCGUGGAUGAUUCCACGAAUGGCGGCCCAAUGGAUCUUGGCUAUUGGCACAGUCACGAUCUUGAUUUCAAACGCGCUGAUGGCGACAGUGCCCCUUCAACAAUCCUACUGGCCACAGAUCUUUCCUUCGGUUAUCCUCUUUUCCUUCUGUCCUGACUUCGUGUACACGGCUGGGCAAAUCAUUGCCAGCAACUCUGUGCGUCGGAAUCAGCAGGGGAUUGCUGGUUCCGUCAUCGGCACGCUCAAUCUCUAUGGAAACAGUCUCGGGUUGGGAUUUGCGUCUACCAUUGAAGAGCAGAUUGCCCGGCGGUCGGGUAGUCAAAUCAUGGGGUAUCGAGCGGCACUUUUCUUCGGGGUUGCUAUCAGUGCCGUGGCGCUGAUACUUGACGUUUGUUUUGUGCGACUAGUCAAGGAUGACCGGGAAGGGUGGCAUGAGGAUGACCAUAUGCAGGAAAUUGAGCUCACAGAACAAGCCGAAGCAACAGGUAUUCAUCUGCCUCAUACAAGUCACUAA